AUGACUGUAAAUUUCUUACAACAUGUUGAAAGUAAGUCUAUCCAGAUACAAAGAAGAGAUGACUGGGUGUGGACAGCAGAUUCAAGUGGGCAAUAUACAGCGAAAAGUGCUUACAGGAUGAUGAUGGGGGGAGCAACAGAUGGGACACAUGAUAGGGAUUUUGAGGAGCUGUGGAAGAUGAAGGUUCCAACCAAAUUUGCAGUGUUCGCUUGGAGGCUGCUUAGAGACAGGUUGCCUACUAAAACAAAUCUUCACAGGAGACAAGUAGAGAUCAAUGAUAGGACCUGCCCAUUUUGCAGAAGCGCGAAGAAGGAAGCGGGACACUUGUUCUUUCAUUGCACUAAAAUCAUCCCUAUUUGGUGGGAAUCCUUGUCUUGGGUAAACAAUGUGGGAGUUUUUCCGCAAGAACCAAGACAACAUUUCCUCCAACAUGGAUCUAUAGUGGUUGAUGGACUAUGGACUAAUAGAUGGAAAUGUUGGUGGUUGGCUAUCACUUGGACUAUAUGGAAGAAAAGGAAUGAAAUAAUCUUCUCCUUCGACUACAACAAAAUGAUGGAAGAGGCAACUUUCCUCAUGUGGACAAGACUUAGGAAUUUGGAGAAGGACUUUGUAAUUCAUUUUAAUCAAUGGUCUAGUAACCUAAGAGAAGGGUUUGUGUAUCACUAG